GGAGGGGCCGUUAGCGCGGGCGGGGGAGGAGGUCUGUCUGGAGCCAGCCAGAGCCCCGAGGAGGAAGAGGAGGAGGAAGCAGGGGCAGUCACCGCCGCCGCCGCCGCCGCCGCCGCGGCGCUCCCGGGACUUGGGCGCGCGCGCUCUGUUAGCCGGCGACUGAGCCUCCAGAUCCGGGGGCCUCAGCCCAGUUCAGCAGAGAGUACUUCAGGCACAGGAGCCGGGAGAAGCCACCAGGACACACAGGCCCAUGGGAAAGCAGGCCGUGGUCACCUCAGGAUCGGGGAGGACGGCGCGAGGCAGUGGGCAGUGAGGGAGCGAUCCUCCCUCCCAGGACUUGCACCAUGCAGCUUGGGACAGGACAUCUCUGACAGUGCAGGCAGUGACCUAUUCCACCUCUAAGUCCCCGCGGGGGGCGGGGCACUGCCCAGCCCUCCACCCUGUCCCCACAGGCAGAGUGUCUCGAGAUGGCUGGGCAUGGGUGGGGCGCACCCUGGGUGCUUGUGGCGGCUGCCACGUUACUGCACGCAGGCGGGCUGGCCCAAGGCGACUGCUGGCUGAUCGAGGGUGAUAAGGGCUUUGUGUGGCUGGCCAUCUGCAGCCAGAACCAACCGCCCUAUGAGGCCAUCCCCCAACAGAUCAACAACACCAUCGUGGAUUUGCGGCUCAAUGAGAACCGUAUCCGCAGUGUGCACUAUGCCUCCCUGAGCCGCUUUGGGAACCUCACAUACCUCAACCUCACCAAGAAUGAGAUCGGUUACAUCGAGGAUGGGGCCUUCUCCGGCCAGUUCAACCUCCAGGUGCUGCAGCUGGGAUACAACCGGCUGCGCAACCUUACGGAGGGCAUGCUGCGGGGCCUGAGCAAACUCGAGUACCUGUACCUGCAGGCCAACCUCAUCGAGGUGGUCAUGGCUAGCGCCUUCUGGGAGUGUCCCAACAUCAUGAACAUAGACCUCUCCAUGAACCGCAUCCAGCAGCUGGGCAGCGGCACCUUCGCGGGCCUGGCCAAGCUCUCGGUGUGCGAAAUUUACAGUAACCCUUUCUACUGCUCUUGUGAGCUGCUGGGCUUCCUGCGUUGGCUGGCCGCCUUCACCAAUGCCACACAGACCCACGACCGGGUACAGUGUGAGUCGCCUCCUGUCUACGCCGGCUACUUCCUGCUGGGCCAGGGCCGCCAUGGCCACCAGCGUAGCAUCCUCAGCAAACUGCAGUCUGUGUGCACCGAGGACUCCUACACAGCUGAGGUGCUCGGCCCACCUCGCCCGGCGCCAGGCAGAUCACAGCCGGGACAUUCACCACCGCCACCUCCCCCGGAGCCCAGCGAUGUGCCCUGUCCCGAUGACGAGUGCUUCUCUGGUGACGGCACCACGCCACUGGUGGUCCUGACGACUCUGGCCACUCAGAUGGAGGCUCGUCCCUCCAUGAAGGUCAAGCAACUGACCCAAAACUCGGCCACCAUCAUGGUGCAGUUGCCGAGCCCGUUCAACCGCAUGUACACACUGGAGCACUACAACAACAGCAAAUCGUUCACCGUGUCCAAGCUGACCCAGCCUCAGGAGGAGAUUCGCCUGACCAAUCUCUACACGCUCACCAACUACACAUACUGCGUGGUCUCCACCAGCUCUGGCACCCAUCACAACCACACCUGCCUUACCAUCUGCCUGCCCAAGCCGCCCAGCCCCCCUGGCCCCGUGCCCAGCCCCUCCACAGCCACUCACUACAUCAUGACCAUCCUCGGCUGCCUCUUCGGCAUGGUGCUGGUUCUGGGCGCUGUUUACUACUGCCUGCGCAAGCGGAGGCGACAGGAGGAGAAACAUAAGAAGGCGGUGGCGGCGGCAGCUGGCAGCCUGAAAAAGACCAUCAUCGAGCUGAAGUAUGGGCCUGAGAUUGAGGCACCUGGGCUAGCCCCGCUGACCCAGGGCCCGCUGCUUGGCUCUGAGGCUGUGUCUCGAAUACCCUACCUGCCAGCCACCACCAGUGACGUGGAGCAGUACAAGCUAGUGGAGAGUAGUGAGACCCCCAAAGCCACCAAGGGGAACUACAUUGAAGUACGCACAGGGGAGCCGCCAGAACGCAGGAGCUGUGAGCUGAGCCGGCCUGGCACAGAAAACCAGAGCUCAGUGGCGGAAAUCUCCACCAUUGCCAAGGAGGUGGACAGGGUCAACCAGAUCAUUAACAAUUGCAUCGAUGCUCUCAAGUCUGAGUCCACGUCCUUCCAGGGCGCCAAAUCGGGGGCCGUGUCCGUGGCUGAGCCGCCGCUGGUACUGCUGUCCGAGCCUCUGGCUAGCAAGCACAGCUUCCUGUCCCCUGUCUACAAAGAUGCCUUUGGCCAUGGUGGCCUGCAGCGGCACCACAGCGUGGAGGCUGCACCUGGCCCCCCCAGGGCCAGCAGUUCAUCCAGCGGUUCUGCGCGUAGCCCUCGCACCUUCCGGGCUGAGGCCACCGGCACACAUAAGGCCCCAGCCACUGAGACCAAGUACAUUGAAAAAAGCUCACCUGUGCCCGAGACCAUCCUCACUGUGACACCCGCAGCCACUGUGCUGCGGGCCGAGGCCGACAAGAGUCGCCAGUAUGGCGAGCAUCGGCACUCGUACCCCGGCUCCCACCCUGCUGAGCCACCUGCUCCGCCGCCACCUCCGCCCACUCAUGAAGGGCUUGGAGGCCGCAAGGCAUCCAUCCUGGAGCCUCUGACACGGCCACGACCCCGAGACCUCGUCUACUCGCAGCUGUCCCCGCAGUACCACAACCUGAGCUAUUCAUCCAGCCCCGAGUAUACCUGCAGGGCGUCCCCGAGCAUCUGGGAGCGCCUCAGACUGAGCCGUAGGAGGCACAAGGAUGAUGCGGAAUUCAUGGCGGCUGGCCACGCCCUGCGCAAGAAGGUCCAGUUUGCCAAAGAUGAGGACCUGCAUGAUAUCCUAGACUACUGGAAAGGCGUGUCCGCCCAGCACAAGUCCUGAAUCUCCCUCCAUCCCUCAGCAGGGCCCAAGGCAACCCGGCCCUGUCCUCUCCGAAACUCGUGAUGCUCAGUGGACCAAAAAGGAUAGACCAUCCGCAGCAGCUAUCCCUGACUGAGACUCAACACUAAGCCCAACAUAAGUGCACAACAAGGGGCUGCUGGGCUCAGCGCCUGGCCUGCAGGGACAGCUUGAGGAGGCCGCAGGUGGCCACAACAAUAGAUAUACUAACUUUCAUGUAAACUGUACUGUGCCUGCUGCCUGGUGCAAGCAAGCAAGCCACACACACACACAUGCACACACACACUCACACACACAUGCACACACACACUCACCACACGCAUGCAAACAUGCACAAAUACACAUAUACAUACACACGCAUGCACACACACACAUGCACAUGCAUACACACGCAUACACGGGACUUCGGAAA